AUGAUUCGUUGUGCUGUUUGUGAUGCUAGAGUUAUCGAAAGUCAUUUCGGAGCCAUGGUUUGCCGUUCGUGUUCCGCGUUUUUUCGAAGAUAUGUGCUGACAAAAAAGAGACGAACACAAUGUUCAGGUGAAAACACCUGUGUCAUAAAUCACAGUAAGUUCUUAUCAUACAUCAACCAAAUAUUUUUCUGAAUUUAUACAUAGAUGUCAGAAAAAUGUGUAGACCUUGUCGAAUGGCAAAAUGUUUACAAGUUGGGAUGGCGCCAACAAGAAUCACUGACCCAAUAAUUUCCAAAAGCACUGAUAAAAUACUGGGGUUUAUGGACAAUUUUCCACGUCUACAGAAUGAACGAUCUACUGUUUAUGGUAACUUGGUUGGUUUCAAGAAAGUUUUGAGGUUCCCCUCCCUAAAAGGUAAUUUUUGUAGGCUAAGAAGCAGAUCAAUUUUACAACAACUACGAUGAUAAUGGAGGCGGAUUAUCGAAUUUCUAGAAGUCACAUCGUGAGAUCAUUCAAAGAAUUUUUCCUAACUCCAAAAAAUAAUCAAAAUGUGUUAUUCGAUAACUUCUAUACUAGAUUAAUCGUAGCUGAAAGUGUAUUCAAUGUUGCAAAUUCUGGAACAACUCAAAACUAUCGUGUCAAAGAAAAUCAAGAAACUUUACCAAUCGAUAAAUUUUACCUUGGUGAACAUAAAAAUACAAAACUAACUGAUUCGCAAAUCAAUAUAUUGUUUGAACCAUUUUGGAUGAGAGGAGUCACUCAAGUUAUCAAACCGCUGAUGGAAUUGAAGUUGGAUUUUUUCGAAUUCACCGCAUUGCUUGGUUUGAUGUUGUUUGAUGAAAGCUAUAAAGGAAUCGAUGAAGAGUGUGCUAAAAUGUGUUAUCAAAUCAGGAAUAUCAUUUUUCGAGAGAUCACCACAUAUCACAGUGAGAAAAAUAAUCCUUGUAGUAAAUCAUUUGACAGAAUGGCUGAUAUUAUGUAUGCUUUAACAUUGAUGGAAAAGGCUAGACAACUUUUGAGUGAUCAAUUAACUUUAUUUUGUUUACAUAAAUUGAAUCAUAAUGAACAAAUUUGUCUGAUUUUCAAAGAAACAUCGUGA